ACACUACCAUCUACACUGUCCCCAGACCACAAGUCUCAUCCGAGUUGGAGAUGCACAAUUUCCAACUUCAAACCGAGAUAUCGUAGACGAAACUACAGAAAAAAACCUGAAACUAAAAUCCUGAUCUUGAACAAGGUAUGAAUCUUCCGUUCUCACCAUGUUCCUCAGUAGGAAUUUCAGCCAAUUAUACAAACUCAGCUUCUGGAUACAGUAAAUUUUCCAUUAAGCCCACUUGCAAGGCUGGCUGCUCACUGCUCAAAUCUUCCAAGAAGUCGCCUUCUUUAAAUGUGCAAAAUCACAAAAGCUUCUCAAGAAACAUUCAAAUUGCCCACCACAGGCGUCAUUCUAUCUGGGCCUGUUCUCAAGUUGGUGCUGCUGGAUCUGAUCCACUGCUGAACAAAGUUUCGCAGUUCAAAGAUGCCUUCUGGAGAUUUCUAAGGCCCCAUACCAUACGUGGAACAGCGUUAGGAUCUGUCUCUUUGGUGACUAGAGCUUUAGUCGAGAACCCAAAUUUGAUAAGAUGGCCUUUAUUUUUGAAGGCAUUUUCUGGACUUCUUGCUCUUAUAUGUGGAAAUGGUUAUAUAGUAGGCAUCAAUCAGAUAUAUGACGUUGGGAUUGACAAGGUAAACAAACCUUAUUUACCCAUAGCUGCAGGAGAUCUUUCAGAACGAUCUGCAUGGUUCAUGGUGUUACUGCUUGCUGUUGUUGGCCUUUUAAUUGUUGGGAUGAACUUUGGUCCUUUUAUAACUGGUCUUUAUUGCCUUGGUCUAUUUCUUGGCACCAUCUAUUCUGUUCCCCCCUUUCGGAUGAAGAGAUAUCCUGUCAUAGCAUUUCUUAUUAUAGCCACGGUGCGAGGAUUCCUUCUUAAUUAUGGUGUGUAUUAUGCCACAAGAGCUGCUCUAGGUCUAUCGUUUGAGUGGAGCUCACCUGUGGCUUUUAUUACAACAUUUGUCACUUUAUUUGCACUCGUGAUUGCCAUAACUAAAGAUCUUCCAGAUGUAGAGGGUGAUCGCAAAUUUCAGAUUUCUACUUUGGCAACCAAGCUUGGUGUGAGAAAUAUUGCAUUUCUUGGAUCUGGACUUCUGUUGAUAAAUUACAUUGGUUCUAUACUGGUAGCUAUUUACAUGCCUCAGGCGUUCAAGAGAAGCUUGAUGGUAGCUGCACAUCUCAUCUUGGCAGUGAGUUUAACUUUCCAGACAUGGUUACUGGAACGAGCAAAUUUUACCAAGGAUGCAAUCUCCUCGUUCUAUCGCUUUAUAUGGAAUCUCUUUUACGCAGAGUAUAUUAUAUUCCCUUUCAUCUAGCAAGUUUGUAGGAAGAACUUUAGAAGUGGCUGAGUGCUAAGAGUGCACAAAUCGUAUAAACAUAAACUUUAGUGAAGGCAUUGGGAGUUUAUGCUAACUACUUGUCUGCCUGAUAGAAGAAUCUGAAAGAACUACCAUUCUGCAUGUGGAGCAUGUAUUUCACCAGGGCGAUGCUGGUGGUUUUCUUUAUAAAAUCUCAUUCAAAUUAGCGUAAAAUAAAAGUAUCAGUGUCACUAAGAAUGCUCUCAUUAAUGUAAUUUUGAUUAUUAUGAUUUAAGAAAGAAAACAGAUUGAAAUGUUAAGUCUGUUCAUUCAGAGUUUCUAUUGUAUAUAGAUAGAGAUGAACCAUAUGCAGUACUCUUUGGAUAGACCUCAAUUCUGGCAGUUAUGUUCCUUCAUUUAACAAUGCCAACCCCAGCUUGAUUAUUACAUACUCGAGACAUUUA